AUGGUCAAUUCGUUCGCUGGGACUGGCCCAGCACACGCCCAGUCCUCACUCCCCUCACUGCCCGCCCACUUGCAGUCUGAUACACAUCUGACGGCUCAUCUUGCCAGUCGGUUUCAUGUGGGACUACCAACCGCCCGUCUGUCAUCGCAGGCUCUAAUUGCGCUGAACACAUAUUCGUCUGCGACCAAAGGACCGGAUGGUGGAAAGGAGGGAAGUGCGGCGGGCGAGGCAGAAGACCUUGCUCGCCGUGCCUUCACCCGCUUGGGCGCCCGCGCUGAAAAUCAAGCGGUUGUGUUCCUUGGCGAGAGCGGAUCUGGGAAAACGACCCUUCGUUCACAUUUGCUGUCCUCUUUCUUGUCAUUUUCAUCCACCCCGCUUUCCUCUAAAAUCUCAUAUGCCGCCUUUAUUUUCGACACCCUGACAACGACCAAAUCCGUUACCACACCUACCGCCUCGAAGGCCGGCCUCUUCCUUGAGCUCCAGUACGAUGGGUCAUCUUCCGUCAACCCCACUCUAAUCGGCGGCAAGAUCAUUGACUAUCGACUCGAGCGAAGCCGCAUCUCUUCCGUGCCCACGGGAGAACGAAGCUUCCAUGUGCUAUACUAUCUACUUGCUGGAACAAGUGCGGCAGAGAAGUCACACCUGGGCUUUGAGAAUAGCAUCCAUGUUCAGACUGGUAGCCGAUUUCCCGGCGGGACUGUCAGCCACAAACGCUGGCGCUAUCUGGGCCACCCAACGCAGCUCAAGGUUGGAAUCAACGAUACAGAGGGAUUCCAGCAUUUCAAAACCGCUCUUCGGAAAUUGGAGUUUUCUCGGGGCGAGAUUGCCGAGAUCUGUCAGAUAUUGGCCAGUAUCCUUCACAUCGGACAAUUGGAAUUCAUCACGGGCCAGUCGACCACAACUAGCGCAGAAGAGAGUGGUGGUUAUUCACACGAAGGUGGUGAGACUGUCACAGUAGUAAAGAACAAGGAAGUUUUGGACAAUGUUGCCGCCUUUUUGGGACUCAGUGUCGAAGCUCUGGAGACUAGCCUGGGUUACCGCACAAAGACCAUUCACCGCGAACGUGUCACCGUGAUCCUUGAUCCGAAAGGAGCGCGAGAGAACGCGGAUGCAUUCGCACGUACCAUAUACUCGCUUCUAGUGACAUAUGUCAUCGAGACCGUGAAUCAGAGACUAUGCGCCGCCGAGGACAGUGUUGCUAACACUAUCUCCAUUGUUGAUUUCCCUGGAUUUGCGCAAGCCCCUUCCACGGGGUCUACUCUCGAUCAACUUCUCAGCAAUGCUGCGACUGAGACGCUCUAUCACUACUGCCUUCAGUCAUUUUUCGAUCACAAAGCAGACCUUCUAGACCGCGAAGAGAUCACAGUGGCUGCAACAAGCUAUUUCGACAACACUGAUACUGUCAGAGGCCUUCUAAAGCAUGGCAAUGGUUUGUUGAGCAUUUUAGAUGAUCAGACCCGACGUGGGAGGUCUGAUGCUCAGUUCCUGGAUAGCGUGCGGAAGCGCUUUGAGAACAAGAAUCCUGCCAUUUCUGUGGGUGGAGCCACUGGAUCUGGCUAUAUGGCUCAACCCCGGAGUGCGUUCACUGUCAAGCACUUCGCCGGCGAAGUGGACUAUUCCACCACCGGCCUGCUCGAGGAGAACGGCGAAGUCAUCUCGGGUGAUUUGAUGAACUUGAUGCGGUCUACCCGCAGUGAGUUUGUGCGUGAAUUGUUUAACCAAGAAGCUCUGAACACCAUCUCCCACCCUCAAGAAAAGACUGCCAUUAUGCAGGCUCAGGUUAGCUCAAAGCCACUGCGGAUGCCCAGCAUGGCCAGACGCAAGACUGGACCUCCAUCUCGUGUCGCUGCUCCAAGCACGUACGUUGAAAGCGAGGACGGGGAUGACCAUGAAACCCAAACCGUUGGAUCGAAGCGAGUCAGCGGCCGUAAAAGUGGAAUACCUUCUGGACCAGCCCAGGGAGCCGCCGGUCAGUUCCUUUCCGGCUUGACGAUAAUCAACAAAUCCCUCAGCUCCUCAAAUCUCAACCCCUACUUCGUCAUCUGUCUCAAACCCAACGACCGUCGCAUUGCCAACCAGUUCGACAGCAAGUGCGUGCGGAUGCAGGUGCAAACAUUCGGUAUCGCCGAGAUCAGCUCGCGUCUGCGGAACGCGGAUUACAGUGUUUUCCUUCCAUUCGGAGAGUUCCUUGGCCUGGCUGACAUCGGCAAUGUCGUGGUGGGCAGCGACCGCGAAAAGUCAGAAGUUGUUCUCGACGAAAAGCGCUGGCCUGGCAACGAAGCCCGUGUGGGCAGCACAGGUGUUUUCUUGAGCGAACGCUGCUGGGCAGAUAUGGCCAAAGUAGGGGAGCGUGUUGUCCCUUCAUACGGAAGCCCUGACGAGACCGAUGGAUUCCAAACCGCGGGUGUAACCCCAGACUCAAAACUUCGACUUCUCAGUCCCGCUGACCAGUCGCCGGGCGCUUUUAUUUACGGAGAUGACUCAAAACAAGGAUACUUCGGAAGCCGUGAACUUGAUGGACGCUCUGAUGCGGGUGGUUCGGCCUUCAACUCUGGUGAUUUGUUCAAGAAUCUCGACACGAAAGAGCAAAUGCUUGAGAAGAACAAUGAGAAGAAGAUGGAGGAAGUUGACGAAGCUCCAACUUCUGGCAGUCGUCGCCGCUGGAUGUUCUUGGUCUACCUCCUGACCUUCUUUAUUCCCGAUUUUGUCAUCCGAUUUGUUGGUCGAAUGAAGCGCAAGGAUGUGCGGACUGCCUGGCGCGAGAAGCUCGCGAUCAACAUGAUCAUUUGGUUUGCCUGUGGUGUAGCCGUUUUUAUGAUCGUCGGAUUUCCUGGAGUGGUUUGUCCCACUCAGGCCGUCUACAACACAGCAGAGCUCAGUGGCAAGAAUGGCAACGGUAAAGCUGAAUCUUACGUUGCUAUUCGAGGUGUGGUUUUCAAUCUUGGAUCCUUCAUCCCGUAUCACUACCCUGACGUUGUUCCCGAUAAAUCACUCAAGGCCUAUGCAGGCACCGAUGCCACCAAUCUGUUCCCUGUCCAAGUCUCAGCUUUAUGCCAAGGAAGGACGGGGAAAGUUGAUCCCAGCGUGCCAUUAGAUUAUCGAUCGAACUUGAACGAUUCUGCAGCUACAACCUCGAGUUCCACCUUCGAUAUCAACGCCAAGUACCACGACUUCCGGUCUUGGACCAACGAUUCUCGAGCUGAUUGGUUCUACGAGCAAAUGGUCCCGAUGCGCGCGAAUUACAAGAAAGGCUAUAUGGGUUAUACGGCCAAGGCAAUCAAAAAGCUAGCAACUGAUGAUUCCCGAAAAGUUGCAAGUAUCAAUGGCAAAGUGUAUGAUAUGACCUAUUACCUUGCCGGACCCCGAAUCCCUCGCUGGCCAGCAGGGAAAAAUGGCACCAGCGACGUUGAUACUGAUUAUAUGGAACCCUUGCUUGUCGACAUCUUCGAGAGAAAGGCCGGAAGCGAUGUGACCAAGUAUUGGGAGGAUUUGAACUUCGACGCCCAACUCAGAUCGCGAAUGCAGCUUUGCUUGGACAACCUGUUCUUCAUUGGCAAGGUUGACACUCGUGACUCGGUUCGCUGUCAGUUUGCACGAUACUUCAUUCUCGCUAUUUCCAUCAUGUUGUGUUCUAUCAUCACCUUCAAGUUUUUGGCCGCGUUGCAGUUCGGAAAGAAGAACCUGCCAGAGAAUUUGGACAAGUUUAUCAUUUGCCAAGUACCGGUGUAUACAGAAGACGAAGAGUCAUUGCGUCGUGCAAUGGACUCUAUGGCUCGCAUGCGCUAUGAUGACAAGCGCAAACUCCUCCUUGUGAUCUGUGACGGUAUGAUUAUCGGUCAGGGUAAUGAUCGUCCAACUCCGCGCAUCGUCCUUGACAUCUUGGGUGUUCCCGAGUCUGUGGAUCCUGAACCGCUCAGCUUCGAGAGUCUUGGUGAGGGUAUGAAGCAGCACAACAUGGCUAAGCUCUAUUCCGGUCUCUACGAAGUCCAGGGCCACAUUGUUCCUUUCCUGGUCGUCGUUAAGGUUGGAAAGCCUUCUGAAGUCUCUCGUCCCGGUAACCGCGGAAAGCGUGAUUCCCAGCUGGUUCUCAUGCGUUUCCUCAACCGCGUCCACUACAAUCUCCCCAUGAGUCCCAUGGAGCUCGAGAUGCAUCACCACAUCCGCAAUAUCAUUGGCGUCAAUCCUCAGUUCUACGAGUAUAUCUUACAGGUCGACGCCGAUACGAUGGUCGCUCCAGAUGCUGCUACUCGUUUUGUAUCGUCAUUCCUCUCCGAUACACGUCUCAUCGGCUGCUGUGGAGAGACGUCUUUGUCGAACGCCAAGACCUCCAUCAUCACCAUGAUUCAAGUUUACGAAUACUACAUUUCUCAUAACCUCACCAAGGCAUUUGAGAGUUUGUUUGGAUCUGUCACUUGUUUGCCCGGCUGUUUCAGUAUGUACCGCAUUCGUACAGCGGAGAACGGAACGCCUCUAUUCGUUAGCAAGGCUGUGGUCGACUCCUAUGCGGAGAUUCGCGUCGAUACCCUUCACAUGAAGAACUUGCUGCACCUUGGUGAAGAUCGGUACUUGACGACUUUGCUUCUCAAGCAUCACCCGAAGUUCAAGACAAAGUACAUUUUCCGGUGCCAUGCUUGGACAGUUGCACCGGAAAGCUUUGCAGUCUUCCUUUCGCAACGUCGCCGAUGGAUCAAUUCCACUGUUCACAACCUCAUGGAGUUGAUUCCGUUACAACAGCUGUGUGGUUUCUGUUGUUUCAGUAUGCGGUUCAUCGUGCUCAUCGAUCUGCUCAUGACCGUAAUCCAACCAGUCACCGUUGCCUAUAUCGCAUACCUGAUAUAUUGGUGUGUUAGCGAGCCGGACGUCCUUCCUAUCACCUCUUUCAUCCUUCUCGGUGUCAUCUACGGUCUACAGGCAUUUAUCUUCAUCGUCCGACGCAAGUGGGAAAUGAUUGGUUGGAUGUUGAUUUACCUCCUUUCCAUUCCCAUCUUCUCUCUUGCCCUGCCGCUGUACUCUUUCUGGCACAUGGACGACUUCUCCUGGGGUAACACACGUGUGAUCACCGGUGAAAAGGGCCGCAAGGUUGUCAUCUCUGAUGAAGGCAAAUUCGAUCCCGACUCAAUCCCCAAGAAGAUUUGGGAAGACUAUCAAGCGGAGCUGUGGGAGUCUCAGACUUCGCGCGACGACCGGUCCGAGUUCUCUGCCCACUCUUACGGCACCCGGAUACCUCCCUUCCCGCAAUCUGAGUAUGGCUAUCAGAGUGCUUCGCGCCCGGUAUCUCAACUUGACUUGCCUCUUGGAGGCGGUGGCACUCGUUAUUCAGUCGCCCCAUCCGAAAUGAUGAGCAACUUUGGUAUGGAAGAUCUCAGCCAUCUGCCUCCAGACGACGAGAUUCUCGAAGAAAUCCGCAAGAUUUUGGCGACUGCAGACUUGAUGAAGGUCUCGAAGAAGACCGUCAAGCAGGAGCUUGAAAGGCAUUUCGAGGUCAACUUGGAUGCCAAGCGGCCCUAUAUUAAUUCUGCUACCGAAGCCAUUCUCUCGGGUGUUCUCUGA